AAUGCAUGACUCAUUCCAUUGAAAACAAUCCAUGCAUGUCCAUCUGCUAAAUUAUCAAUGCAAGCCAAUGUAUUUUUUUCUCGCAUACUUACGUCAUCCAUGUCCUUUGUUUGUUUUUUGGGAGCCUUCAGUGGUUUCUUUUUCCCUCCUGGUGGUGACAUGGAUUGCGUUAUUGUUAAUGGCGGACACGACUGACAGAGUGACUCGUCAUGCGGACUCUACCUGUGUGUGCUUCAUAAUUAUUGUCAUUACCCGUCAUUAGAGUUGUCAUGGCGGUGUCAGAACUUCUAAAAACAUUACUUUACACCGUCAAUCACCUUUUACAACAAGAAAAAUACAAAGCGGCUCUGGCUGUUCUUAAAGGCUUCCGAAAUGGCGCUGUAUAUGGAGCUAAAAUCAGAGCACCGCAUGCACUUGUCAUGACAUUUCUGUUCCGGAGUGGAAGUUUAGCAGACAAACUCCGAGCUAUUUUGAAGGCCACCUACACUCACUCGCGCAACCUGGCGUGCUUCGUGUUUACGUACAAGGGACUGCAGGCCUUGCAGGAGAAGCUCCAGGGACGCAGUUUGCAAUCCCAUUCCUUCCUGGCCGCCUGCAUCGGAGGAUGGCUGGUGUUUGGUGACAACAACAACAUCAACAGUCAGAUCAACAUGUACCUGCUGUCCCGCAUCUUGUUCGCCAUAUCCCGGCUGGCCGUGGAGAAAGGGGUAAUCCCGCAGCCCGAGCGGGACCCCUUCCCGCUUUUCGCCACCUUGGUGUGGGGGGUGGUCUUGUGGCUCUUCGAGUACUACCCGCACACGCUCCAGCCGUCGCUGCGGUCAUCCAUGACGUACCUUUACCACGACAGCGACGUUUGGCACGACAUCUCGGACUUUCUGCUUUAUAACAAGCCUGGCGGGGCUUCCGCUGCCCUAAAAUGAAGAUUGAGGUGAAGGACCACUUGUCUGGAAUACUCAAUUGGUGCCAGGACACUUGAAGGUUUUACAGGUGUAUUUAUAUAUAUAUAUUAGAAAAUAUUCAAAUUCUUGCCAAAUAUUAAAAAACUGUAAAUAAUGUGAUUCUGUUUCUACUUAUAGGGCACUCAUUUAAGUCAUUGGGUGCCAUUGACAACGCUAGGAGUCCAAUCCUUUUGACUGGGAGAGGCGAUGUCGUCAAUGGCAUCUAAAGAGUUAACAGUAAAAUAUUUUCUCAUUAAAUAUUUAUAUAUAUAUUUUUUAGGGCUGUCAAACGAUUAAAAUUUUUAAUCGAGUUAAUCACAGCUUAAAAAUUUAUCGUAAUUAAUCGCAGUUCAAGCCAUCUAUAAAAUAUGCCAUAUUUUUCUGUAAAUUAUUGUUGGAAUGGAAAGAUAAGACACAAGAUGGAUAUAUACAUUCAACAUACGGUACAUAAGCACAGUAUUUGAUUAUUAUAACAAUAAAUCAACAAGAUGGCAUUAACAUUAUUAACAUUCUGUUAAAGCGAUCCAUGGAUAGACUUGUAGUUCUUAAAAGAUAAAUAUUAGUACAAGUUAUAGAAAUGUUAUAUUGAAACCCUCUAAAAUUUGUAAUAUUUUCAAUCAAAAAAUAAACUAGUUGCUCGCCAUUGUUGAUGUCAGUAAUUACACCAUGCUCACUCAUGGUACUAACCCAUAAAAUCAGUCGCACCAAAGCGCCAACAGAGGAAGACAAAAAACACAAGUAACAAGUGGACAUGACACUGCUGUCAUUUUAAUCUGUUUGAGUGGGGCAUGUGCGUUAAUUGCGUCAAAUAUUUUAACGUGAUUAAUUAAAAAAAUUAAUUACCGCCCGUAAACGCGAUAAUCUUGACAGCCCUAAUUUUUUUCAUUUCAAAUAGUAAAUAAUAAUAAACAUUUUUAAAUAAGAGGAAAAAAAUACAA